AUCCACCACCGUAACUCUCCCCCUUCACCUCUCUUUCUCUCUCACUUUUGCUGUCAUUAACAUAAUCAUUUCUGCAUUUGUGAAAGCUUAUAAUUUAAUCUCUACCAAUGGCUGACCGUGACCGCCCUCACCAGAUUCAGGUUCACCAACAUCACCGCUUUGACCAGGGUGGUAAGAACUAUCAAUCCGCUAGUGGACCAUCAGCGACCCAGGUUCUGGCUGUGCUUACCCUCCUCCCAGUCGGUGGCAUUCUGCUUGCGUUAGCAGGGCUGACCCUCACUGGCACCGUCAUUGGGCUCUGUGUGGCCACACCACUGUUCAUCAUCUUCAGCCCGGUUCUUGUCCCAGCAGCCAUUGCCGUUGGCUUGGCAGUGGCUGGUUUCUUGUCCUCCGGGGCUUUCGGGUUGACGGGGCUGUCCUCACUCGCCUAUGUCUUUAAUCGCCUGAGGAGGGCCACCGGUACGGAGCAGCUGGACAUGGACCAGGCUAAGAGGCGCAUGCAGGACAUGGCAGGGUAUGUAGGACAGAAGACUAAGGAGGUUGGACAGAAGAUCGAGGGUAAGGCUAAUGAGGGUACCGUAAGGACAUGAAUUUGAUAGGAGGGGUACCUGCUUGCAUGGGGAGGGCAAUAAAGUGUAGUCUUUUUCAUUCUCAAGGUGUUGUCUGUGCAGUUGUUUGUGUAUGUCUGGUUAGCCAUACUAGUUGAGAGAUAGUGGGCAAUGUAAUUAGACUCUCGUAUUUGCUGUCUGUUUUUGAGUUUAAUUUGUUCAAUUCCAUGUAUGCUUUUUCUUUAUCUUAAGUCAGUCUCUCUAUCUCCUGUGAAAAAGCUAGUGACUUCCAGUUAAAUCUCUCAACCCUUCAGCUUUGAACCUCUUGAAUAUCAAUCACAUC